GUGUCAAUUGUCAAUUCUUCGUGUUUGGUUAAUGCAUAUACCUUUCUGUAGACUAUUUCCGUUGAUUAUUAAAUUAAGAAUGUGUGGUUUUCAUCCUAAUAUUUGAUUCACUUGACUUUUGAAGGCUUACCCCCACUAGAGAAAAGGACAAAAGAUAAAAGACAAUCUGAAAAGCUUCAUACUUCACGAUGAAAUAUUAUGAUUUUUUAUAUAUCAUAGUUGAAUGUUAUAGAAAGACAAUGAACUAACUGGCCCCUUAUUAGGAACGAACUCUUAUUAAUGUAAGUAGAUAUUCGGCUGUGACUCUUUCUGCAAGCAGUGGAAAUGAUUUCCGAGUUUAAUUUAACUUUUAAUAUAUUAAUUUUUUUUUGUGUGUGUUUUGUCAUGGACUGGUUGUUACAUUCUGUUGCACAGAUGGUUUUUGUUUACCGUUGACAGCAUCAUCACUCUUUAUUAGUAUAUUUAUUAAAGUUGAUGUGUCAAUGGACAGUGUAUUCUUCUUUCCAAACAUAAGGCUGGCGCAAAGUAAUAAAUACAAGGUAUCAAAGGACCAGAUUGUUUUUCCUGAUGAAGCAGUUUUUGAGAAGGUUAAUCAAGCGUCAGGAAGAGUUUACUUAUUGAAGUUUAAAACAGAUGACAGGAAAUUCUUCUUUUGGAUGCAGGAGCCCAAAGCUGAAGAUGACCAGCAGUUGUGCAUCUCCGUUAAUGACUACAUUAAUCGGCCACUGGAGUUUCUCGAGGAAGAACAAUCUGUUGCUUCCACUCCUCUGCAAGUUUCAGAAGGCACAGUCGAAGAAAAUAUCCCAUCAAGCUCCUCACUACGGCCAGUGAAGUUGGAAGACCUGCAAAGAAUUUUAAGUAACAUUGAGUCUUCUGCAGACAUCGAUGUUGAUCCAGAUGCGGGUUUUGGAUUAGGAGAUUUAUUGAAGCCUGAUCUGAUAAUGCCAUUGUUGGAAACAUUGCCGUUGGAACAGAGUUUAGCAUCGUAUUUACCAGAGGGUCCAUGGUCUCCUGAGGAUAUAUUGGAACUGUUACAAAGCCCACCUUUCCGUCAACAAGUAGAUUCAUUUACUUACGUUCUUCGGACUGGACAGAUAGAUUUGUCUCAGUUUGGGAUCGACCCGAGCAAAUAUAAAUUUACGGUGUUGUCUUUUCUCGAGGCACUCGAGGAUUCUGUUUCGAAAAUGUCAAGUUCUGAGGCUGGGCAAGAUGAGAAGGAUGUAAGAUCUGAAUCUAACCUCAUGGAUGAAUCAUAGAGUAGGAAGAUAUUGGGAUUCUGUGUUUGCUUAUGGUUUACCAUUCUCAUUGUUUAUUAUUGGCACAGAAAAAAGGUUGUUUUGACAAUUUCCUGUACUUUCUUAUAUACACUUAACACAGAGGAACUUAGAUCUCCUUUUGAAGAACACAAAAUUGGAAUCUUAUAUAUGAUACGUGACAAUAAUCUUAGUUUCAUAUUGUUAAUCUCUA